CGUUGCCUUUAGUCGAGUCAAUCGAUCGCCGUAAGGGGACUCAUCGACUAUCCCCGUGACAAUCCGAAGCAGCGCGCGUGGCGAGAGUAAGAAAAAGGGGUGCGUCAGCGUCAGCCGAAAAUGAAGUAGCGAGAAAGUAGUUUAUCUGCUAAACUUUGGCUACGCCGCCCCUCUGGCCCUGCUACCCAACGCAUAACUAUAACUCUCCUCCGUACCUCUCCCCAUUGAACUCCAAUUUCUUUCUUCUUCAAAUGUUCAUUCUCUUCUAAUUACUCGCUUCAAAAGUGAAAACCACAACCACAAGUCCGGAGCACCUUUCAGAAGGUAGAGAAAAUGCAGGCUUCGAUCUCUCUGUCCAGUUCCUCUCCUUCUUCACUCGCCUUUGCUAGAUCCGAUCGCGCAGUUGAAUUCUUCUCCACUAAUGCAUCCAAGCCUUCAAGUUUCCGUUUCUGUGGACUCAGAGGAGAGGCCUUGGGAUUUUCUACUUUAAAACGCUCUGGUUGUAAUCAAGUUGCAUUGUCGCAGCGAAGGCUCUUUAAGAAGUUAUCAGCUUCGUUGAAGGACAAUGGAGUUCCUUCCAAGGGGUUUGAUUACGAUCUUGUUAUCAUUGGAGCUGGUGUUGGAGGUCAUGGAGCUGCACUUCAUGCGGUCGAGAAGGGUCUAAAGACAGCUAUCAUUGAGGGGGAUGUGGUUGGAGGAACAUGUGUAAAUCGAGGCUGUGUUCCUUCUAAAGCUCUUCUUGCUGUGAGUGGUCGGAUGCGCGAGCUUCAGAGUGAACAUCACUUGAAUGCUUUGGGCUUGCAGGUUUCAUCUGCUGGGUAUGACAGGCAGGGGGUUGCCGACCAUGCAAAUAAUCUUGCUACAAAAAUUCGUAAUAACUUGACCAAUUCGCUGAAAGCUCUUGGUGUGGACAUAUUGACAGGCGUUGGCACAAUUUUGGGCCCACAAAAGGUCAAGUAUGGAAAAGCUGGGUUCUCUGACAAUGUAAUAACUGCCAAAGACAUAAUUAUUGCUACUGGGUCUGUUCCCUUUGUUCCUAAAGGCAUUGAAGUUGAUGGUAAGACUGUAAUUACCAGUGAUCAUGCACUCAAGCUGGAGUUCAUUCCUGAUUGGAUCGCUAUUGUAGGAAGUGGUUACAUAGGGCUUGAAUUUAGUGAUGUGUAUACAGCACUUGGAAGCGAGGUCACUUUUAUUGAAGCGCUAGAUCAGCUUAUGCCUGGCUUUGAUCCUGAGAUUGGGAAGUCAGCCCAAAGGGUUCUUAUAAAUCCUCGGAAGAUUGAUUACCAUACUGGUGUAUUUGCAAGCAAGAUCAUUCCAGCAAGGGAUGGAAAACCUGUCACCAUUGAGCUUAUUGAUGCGAAGACAAAGGAACCAAGAGAUACUUUGGAGGUGGAUGCUGCACUUAUUGCAACUGGAAGGGCUCCAUUUACAAAAGGGCUUGGCUUGGAUAAUAUUAAUGUGGAGACGCAACGUGGUUUUGUUCCUGUUGAUGAGUGCAUGAGAGUAAUUGACAAGAAUGGCAAACUGGUGCCUCAUGUAUAUUGCAUUGGUGAUGCAAAUGGGAAAAUGAUGCUUGCUCAUGCUGCAAGUGCACAAGGGAUCUCUGUUGUUGAACAAGUUUCUGGAAAGGAUCAUGUGCUGAAUCAUUUGAGCAUCCCGGCAGCCUGCUUCACUCACCCUGAAAUUAGUUUUGUUGGUUUGACAGAGCCUCAAGCAAGGGAGAGAGCAGAAAAGGAAGGUUAUGAAAUAAGUAUUACCAAAACAAGUUUUAAGGCUAAUACAAAGGCCCUAGCAGAAAAUGAAGGGGAGGGGCUUGCUAAGUUAAUAUACAGGCCCGACACUGGGGAGAUUCUUGGGGUUCACAUUUUUGGAUUGCAUGCUGCAGACCUCAUCCAUGAAGCAUCCAAUGCAAUAGCCUUAGGAACACGUAUUCAGGACAUAAAAUUUGCUGUUCAUGCACAUCCAACUUUGUCUGAAGUGCUGGAUGAACUCUUUAAAUCAGCCAAGGUUAACUCUGGUGUUUCUAAUCCAGUCAAGGAGCCAGUUGCAAUCUAAAGCUUCUCAACAUAGGUAUAAAUUUGGGAAGAAAAUUAAUUGUAUUACAGGGCCUUUGGAAGUUGUGCACCUUCUCAGAGGAAACCAAAGCAAUUGCUACAGUAUGAAACGCCUAGUAAAUCUCACCACAAUUUUGUCCAUUUUAUUAAGUUAUUUUCAUAUUAUAUUUGAUUUUUUUUUAAUAUUUAUUAACUUGUGCAACUCUGUAACAAAAAGAAAAAGAGGCAAUAAGUAUUAUUGGUCCCAGAAAGCCAUAAUUUGCUGUUAUGAAUUAUAUACACCGUUUAGAAGCCUCUGUAUAGUUAAUAGCCAAUAUAACAUCUGGAUAUUGUUCUCUUUGCA